AUGGGGACACUCGUGUCCCGAACGGCGGUUAUCACGGCUUGCGUGUGCGUGGCCAACCCUGAAGCGGACACUCACGAUACUAGAUCUAUAAACGUUGUCACGGGUGCCAUGUACCGACAUCCUCGACGCGGGAUACGGGUGCAAGUCACUAAAAUUAUUUUACCUAAGUUGCCUAAUGUCACCGCUGAAAGAGCCUACAUAAUCCAAAAGUCUCCGGCUAUAAUGCUCCUUGCAAAGAAUGUGCCUGACGUUUUAGCGGAGGUGCCUCUCCGACCAAUCACUGUGGACUUUAAAGGAGAUGAGGUUUUGGCUUUACACGAAGAGUGUAUAAUGCCUGGCUGGCAUUUCUUUUAUAAAGGGGAUAAGAUAUAUCCGGUCCAAAAAUUCCUGCUGCAGAGAAACAUUCGCGUUCAGUACUUAGUCAUCGCUAAGAAGAAUCUAUGGUGUAACACCAUCACCUUAAAGUUUCAACAAGCCAUGACCAAUCUUGGGUUCGAUGGCCUCUUCGACAAAACCUCCUCUAUAUGUGUUAAAGAUGUAAGUUCUGAGAGACUACCUGUUGGUUAUAUAGAAGAAGGAAGAAUUUUUGGCUUAUUCGAACCAGAAUUUCAUGUAAACUGGGAAGCGUUUAUAAAAAAUAUAGACAACCACCACGACGGACAAUAUGACUACCUGCCAGACUUGUACGACAGGAUGUUGUAUCAAGAAUCUGAUAGUUCUGAAGAGGUUGCU